AUGAAGUUAACCCGAGUACUCCUUGCAUUUGCAUGUGCGUCUUCCGUUCUCGGAGCUUCUGCAGGGAUUGAUGUCGCUUCCCAACCUGAUGAUAUCGUACAUCAAGUUAAAGGUAAUGACAGAAUUGGUAUCGCCAAAGUGACUGAUUUAGAUAACAAACCAGCCAAUGCGGUGCAAGACGACGACGCUGGUUCCAAGUCAAGCUCUGAUUUUUAUGAUUCAUUUAUCAUGUCUGUUUCAAUGAUCAUAGUCAGUGAGAUCGGUGACAAGACAUUCUUGAUUGCCGCAUUAAUGGCUAUGAAAUACUCCAGAGUUGUAGUAUUCUCUGCAGCCUUCCUGUCUUUGGCUGUGAUGACAAUAUUGUCAGGGAUUGUGGGACAUGCGUUACCCACGUUGCUUUCACCUAGAUUGACCAAGUUUAUGGCCUCAGGACUUUUCAUAGUAUUUGGUGUUAAGUUAUUCAAAGAAGGCUUGGAAAUGUCAAAGGAUAGUGGGGUUGAUGAGGAGAUGGCUGAAGUAGAAGAAGAAAUUGCCUCUUCUAAUCUAAACACCGAGUUACAUGAUAUGGAAUCAGGUACUGCUAGUUCAGCUUCGGUUUCAGAUAGUCAUCAUUUCAAGCCCAAGAGUCAACAGAAAUGGUAUGAGGAAAUGGGAACCCAAUUAGAAGCAUUGGCCACGUUUGUGUUCUCACCUGUUUGGAUUCAAGUGUUUCUUAUGACCUUUUUAGGUGAAUGGGGGGACCGGUCACAAAUCGCCACUAUUGCAUUAGCUGCUGGUUCAAAUUAUUGGGCGGUGAUCUUUGGUGGAAUAAUUGGCCAUGGGAUCUGUACUGGAGGUGCUUGCAUUGGAGGGAAAUUAAUGGCCACAAAGAUAUCCAUGAGAACGGUUACUUUGGGAGGUGCCAUUGCCUUCAUAAUAUUUUCUUUCCUUUACUUUUAUGAUGCCUAUUACGGCAUUGAAUAG